AUCAUCCUCCUAUACAGAAUCAGCCAUGGAUCCAGAUCACCAGGCAAAGUUCGCCCUACACGAGGCUGCGAGAGAAGGCAAAACUCCAACGGCCGAGUCCCUCCUCAAUGCAAAUCCCAAACUAGCCCUCCUCGAAGAUGACGAUGGACGUCUCCCGAUCCACUGGGCCGUGGCGUACAAUCAUCUACCUAUCGUCGGGUUAUUAGUAUCUAACAAAAAUUUCGACCCGGAUGUACAGGAUGCAUCGGGUUGGACCCCUCUUAUGAUUGCAGCCAGUCUGAAGGAUGCCCAAGGAGACGCCAUAAUUGAACUGUUAAUACGGAAGGGAGCCGAUGUCAACAUGAAAAGCGUCACUGGUCAGAAUGCCCUCCACUUUGCAACGUCAAAAUCCAACAUUUCGACCGUCCGUAUGCUCAUCGUCAAUAAAUGCAGCGCCCGGGUGAAAGAUAAACGCGGUCAGCUCCCCCUCCACCGCGCCGCAGCUGUCGGAUCUAUUCCCAUCAUAAAGAUCCUCCUCGAAGAAGGCAAGAGUCCUGUCAAUGCUACGGAUAUGGAUGGCUUGACGGCUCUGCACCAUGCCAUUUCCGAGGGCCAUGGAGAUGCAGCGAUUCUGUUGCUCAAGGCUGGUGCGGAGCCGGAUAAGAGGGAUUCAACUGGCAAUUUAGCUAUUGAUUUGGCGCCAGACAAGAAAGUUCGCCAAUAUAUCCUGCAAACAGCGGAGAAGGAAGGAAUUGAACUUCCUUGAAGAAGAUUGAUUUAGUGAAAAGAAAAUAAUGUAUCCUUGCAAUAGUGGCGUUGGAAUCAUACACAUCUUAAACGGUUCUUGGUGCAAGGAACGGGGAAAACGCUUGGAGAGAGAUACAAAAUUCG